AUGUCGUUAAAGCGAAACUUUAGAGACGAUGCGCAUCAAAAGAAAUCGAGACCACUGAAGUCGUAUAUCUGUGAACUUAGGUACCCAUUACAACAGUUGCCCAAACAUCGGCGCAACAGCGUUCCCAACAAGAGGAACUUUAAGAAGCUAAGGCGUGAGGUUUUCACAAACAAGAGGAACUUUAAGAAGCUAAGGCGUGAGGUCUUCACAGACAAGAGGAACUUUAAUAAGCUAAGGCGUGAGGUCUUCACAGACAAGAGGAACUUUAAGAAGCUAAGGCGUGAGGUCUUCACAGACAAGAGGAACUUUAAAAAGCUAAGGCGUGAGGUCUUCACAGACAAGAGGAACUUUAAGAAGAUAAGGCGUGAGGUCUUCACAAACAAGAGGAACUUUAAGAAGCUAAGGCGUGAGGUCUUCACAAACAAGAGGAACUUUAAGAAGCUAAGGCGUGAGGUCUUCACAAACAAGAGGAACUUUAAGAAGCUAAGGCGUGAGGUCUUCACAAACAAAAUGAACUUUAAGAAGCUAAGGCGUGAGGUCUUCACAAACAAAAUAAACUUUAAGAAGCUAAGGCGUGAGGUCUUCACAGACAAGAGGAACUUUAAGAAGCUAAGGCGUGAGGUCUUCACAGACAAGAGGAACUUUAAGAAGCUAAGGCGUGAGGUCUUCACAAACAAGAGGAACUUUAAGAAGCUAAGGCGUGAGGUUUUCACAAACAAGAGGAACUUUAAGAAGCUAAGGCGUGAGGUCUUCACAGACAAGAGGAACUUUAAUAAGCUAAGGCGUGAGGUCUUCACAGACAAGAGGAACUUUAAGAAGCUAAGGCGUGAGGUCUUCACAGACAAGAGGAACUUUAAAAAGCUAAGGCGUGAGGUCUUCACAAACAAGAGGAACUUUAAGAAGCUAAGGCGUGAGGUCUUCAUAAACAAGAGGAACUUUAAGAAGCUAAGGCGUGAGGUCUUCACAAACAAGAGGAACUUUAAGAAGCUAAGGCGUGAGGUCUUCACAGACAAGAGGAACUUUAAGAAGCUAAGGCGUGAGGUCUUCACAAACAAAAUGAACUUUAAGAAGCUAAGGCGUGAGGUCUUCACAAACAAAAUGAACUUUAAGAAGCUAAGGCGUGAGAUCUUCACAGACAAGAGGAACUUUAAGAAGCUAAGGCGUGAGGUCUUCACAGACAAGAGGAACUUUAAGAAGCUAAGGCGUGAGGUCUUCACAAACAAGAGGAACUUUAAGAAGCUAAGGCGUGAGGUCUUCACAAACAAAAUGAACUUUAAGAAGCUAAGGCGUGAGGUCUUCACAAACAAAAUGAACUUUAAGAAGCUAAGGCGUGAGGUCUUCACAAACAAGAGGAACUUUAAGAAGCUAAGGCGUGAGGUCUUCACAGACAAGAGGAACUUUAAUAAGCUAAGGCGUGAGGUCUUCACAGACAAGAGGAACUUUAAAAAGCUAAGGCGUGAGGUCUUCACAGACAAGAGGAACUUUAAGAAGCUAAGGCGUGAGGUCUUCACAAACAAAAUGAACUUUAAGAAGCUAAGGCGUGAGGUCUUCACAAACAAAAGAAACUUUAAGAAGCUAAGGCGUGAGGUCUUCACAAACAAAAUGAACUUUAAGAAGCUAAGGCGUGAGGUCUUCACAAACAAAAUGAACUUUAAGAAGCUAAGGCGUGAGGACUUCACAAACAAAAUGAACUUUAAGAAGCUAAGGCGUGAGGUCUUCACAAACAAAAGAAACUUUAAGAAGCUAAGGCGUGAGGUCUUCACAAACAAAAGAAACUUUAAGAAGCUAAGGCGUGAGGUCUUCACAAACAAAAGAAACUUUAAGAAGCUAAGGCGUGAGGUCUUCACAGACAAGAGGAACUUUAAGAAGCUAAGGCGUGAGGUCUUCACAAACAAAAGAAACUUUAAGAAGCUAAGGCGUGAGGUCUUCACAAACAAAAUGAACUUUAAGAAGCUAAGGCGUGAGGUCUUCACAAACAAAAGAAACUUUAAGAAGCUAAGGCGUGAGGUCUUCACAAACAAAAUGAACUUUAAGAAGCUAAGGCGUGAGGUCUUCACAAACAAAAGAAACUUUAAGAAGCUAAGGCGUGAGGUCUUCACAAACAAAAUGAACUUUAAGAAGCUAAGACGUGAGGUCUUCACAAACAAAAGAAACUUUAAGAAGCUAAGGCGUGAGGUCUUCACAAACAAAAUGAACUUUAAGAAGCUAAGGCGUGAGGUCUUCACAAACAAAAGAAACUUUAAGAAGCUAAGGCGUGAGGUCUUCACAAACAAAAGAAACUUUAAGAAGCUAAGGCGUGAGGUCUUCACAAACAAAAGAAACUUUAAGAAGCUAAGGCGUGAGGUCUUCACAAACAAAAGAAACUUUAAGAAGCUAAGGCGUGAGGUCUUCACAAACAAAAUGAACUUUAAGAAGCUAAGGCGUGAGGUCUUCACAAACAAAAGAAACUUUAAGAAGCUAAGGCGUGAGGUCUUCACAAACAAAAUGAACUUUAAGAAGCUAAGGCGUGAGGUCUUCACAAACAAAAGAAACUUUAAGAAGCUAAGGCGUGAGGUCUUCACAAACAAAAUGAACUUUAAGAAGCUAAGGCGUGAGGUCUUCACAAACAAAAGAAACUUUAAGAAGCUAAGGCGUGAGGUCUUCACAAACAAAAUGAACUUUAAGAAGCUAAGACGUGAGGUCUUCACAAACAAAAGAAACAUUAAGAAGCUAAGGCGUGAGGUCUUCACAAACAAAAUGAACUUUAAGAAGCUAAGGCGUGAGGUCUUCACAAACAAAAGAAACUUUAAGAAGCUAAGGCGUGAGGUCUUCACAAACAAAAUGAACUUUAAGAAGCUAAGGCGUGAGGUCUUCACAAACAAAAGAAACUUUAAGAAGCUAAGGCGUGAGGUCUUCACAAACAAAAUGAACUUUAAGAAGCUAAGGCGUGAGGUCUUCACAAACAAAAGAAACUUUAAGAAGCUAAGGCGUGAGGUCUUCACAAACAAAAUGAACUUUAAGAAGCUAAGACGUGAGGUCUUCACAAACAAAAGAAACUUUAAGAAGCUAAGGCGUGAGGUCUUCACAAACAAAAUGAACUUUAAGAAGCUAAGACGUGAGGUCUUCACAAACAAAAGAAACUUUAAGAAGCUAAGGCGUGAGGUCUUCACAAACAAAAGAAACUUUAAGAAGCUAAGGCGUGAGGUCUUCACAAACAAAAUGAACUUUAAGAAGCUAAGACGUGAGGUCUUCACAAACAAAAGAAACUUUAAGAAGAUAAGGCGUGAGGUCUUCACAAACAAGACUAACGCCAACAAAUCGCGCUGUCCUAGUUCAUGUCAACAAACUCUGAUGAAAGACAUUGUAACAGGCGAACAGUUGUAUUAA